UAUAUUCAUCUUCAUCUCCAUUUACAGACACUCACCAAACUGAGCGUCGGGGGCAAGCAAAUAGGAGCUGUUGGAGCUAAAUAUUUCGCUGAUGCAUUACAAAAUAACGAGACACUCAAACUGUUCUACCUUCAGGACUCCAACAUCGGAUAUACUGGUGCUCAAUAUCUCGCUGAUGCACUACGACAUAAUAAGACACUCUGGACAGUGUUGAUCUCCCGUAUGAACAAUAUUUCCUCAUCACUUUUAGAAAAAUUGAAGCAACAAGACUCACGAUUCACCUAA